AAAGAUUUUUUAUUUGUAAAUGAUCUGAUCCAUUGUUAGAAAUUGUUUGGCUUCAGCUUCAAAAUUGCUCGUUAGUUUGCAGCCGAGCGGACCAGCUGCUUUGGCAACGAACACAAAGGAUACGGAUUACACUAGAGGCCACCAGCAGCCACGCUCACGCUUCUUUCUAUCACCGCACACACACAGCCCGAGAUGGCCACCAAAGACCAGACUGUCCCACAACGCAACAGCAUGAGCAGCAGCCAGCCGAUGCCGAGUGGGUCAACCACGAAUCAACGUCACCGCUACUAUAAUCCCGUCUCGAAGAUCCAGUCGCUCAUCCACAACCUGGACACUGAGCUGGUGCAUCUAUGCAAGCAGUGUUCGGUGCCAAAGCCGCCGAGCAGCAGUAACAUUAACGCCGGCAUCCACAACAGCAGCUAUGGCACAGCCACCUUGGCAGCUGCAGGAUUCGGUUCGGGUGCCAUCACGCCACACAGGGGACACUAUGACCAGGACACCGUCGAUAAACUACUGGCACGAGCACGGUCCAUAUCCACCCCAAGAUCGGCCUCUGGCGCCAACACGCCAAUGCCGCUGGCACCCGAUGCACAGAAGCGUCAGCUUAGGAACGUGUACCGCACGCGGGUCAUUGAUGCGUAUCGCAACCGAAAGAUAUUCACGGUUUAUGGGAACUAUCAUACAGUGCGGCGGGCCCUGGUCAGGCGGGGAUGGUUGGAGAAGCUGCCGGCGUCGCGGCACGCCAAACUUCAGACCAUGUCUGAGGAUUCGCUGCUGGAGCAUGCGCGACGAGGCAAUGAUUAUGAGACGGUGGUCAUAUCGAAGAUGAUCAAUCAUUUCCCCUCAUUCUUCAUUUGGCAGAGCAAGGGCCAGCGGGAUCUGUUCUCCGAGGUGCGGCCAUUCCGCAACCGGGUGAGGCGCAGCCAGUUCCUGGACUUUUCCACGAAGGUGGGUCUGGUCGGGUGUGCCGAGCAGGAGCGCUGGUAUCGCGAGGACGGUGUCUGCGGCAUGAGCUAUCCGCGCUUUUACCGCCUGGGUGGCAACAACGUGGAGGAGCGCAUGGCCUUCAUCGAGGACUACCAGCAGACCCAGGCACGCUCCCUGCUGCGCCACAUCAAAGAGCACAAGCCCGAAGAGCUGAUAGACUUGGACAAGGGCACCAUUAUGAGCACCAACCUUGACUAUGCCCUGGCCAAGGUGAAGCAAAUGAUCAGACAGGCGGAGCACUACUCCCUCGAUGAUGCGCGGGUCAAGCCGCCCACCCCAACCGAAAUCGUGGAGAUUCAAACGUUUAUGACGCAGUCCGCGGAUAUCCUUAAGUCGCAUGCCAAGUUCCGGGUAAGCGAGAAGGUCAUGACGGAGUACGCCCGUCUGGCCACGCAAAAUCUCGACCAGAUCGAGUCCCUGCGCCCCGACUAUCGCUGGGACGGCAGCCGCAAUCUGUGGAUCCUCAAGCCGGGCUAUCAGUCGCGUGGCAUUGGCAUUGUCAUACGCAGCUGCCUGGAUGACAUUCUCCAAUGGACAUCGAACAAUCAGAACAGAAAGUACAUUGUGCAGAAGUACAUAGAACGUCCAUAUUUGGUUUAUCGCACAAAGUUUGACAUACGGCAGUACAUGCUGCUGACAAUUGGGGAUUCGAAGGUGACCGUGUGGACAUAUCGCGAUUGCUAUCUGCGCUUCAGUUCGCAGGAGUUUACGAUGGACGAUCUGCGGGAAUCGAUCCAUCUGACCAACAAUUCCGUGCAGAAGCGCUACAAGAACAAGCAGAAUCGCGAUCCUCGUCUGCCAAAGCACAAUAUGUGGUCAUUGGAUCAGUUCAAGGCUCAUCUGCGGCAUGUGGGCGCUCCGGACGAUACGUGGUCGAAUAUUUACAGGGGCUUCCAGCAGAAUCUGGUGGCCGUGGUGAUGGCAAGCCUGGAUGAGACCGAGCUGGUGCAGAACGCCUUCGAGCUGUAUGGCUGCGACUUUAUGCUGGACGAGCACUACAAUCCCAUCUUGAUUGAGAUCAACUCCACGCCGGAUCUGUCGCCCUCGACGGAGGUUACAGCCCGGAUAUGCCCCAUUGCUAUAAAGGAUUGCAUACGUGUGGUGGUGGAUCUGGCCAACAACCCCUUGGCACCCACGGGAAAGUUCGAGCGAGCCUUUGAAGUAAACUACAACAUCAACAAUGGGGCCGAUGUCCACCAUCCCCUGGAGCUCAACGGCAAGCAGAUGACAAUCUUCGAGAAUCUCCCCUCCAAGCUGAAGAACAGCAACCGGACACGCAUGUUCCACAAGAUACUCAACAAUGUAAAGGUCUCGGCAAGUCGCAAGCUGGAAAAGAUUAAGGAGGCCCCGGCCAAAGUGGUCAAGGCCACAGCUUCAUCCAAGAAGAAGAAAUCAUCAAAGAGCGCUGCUGGGUCAAAGGUGAGUUUCGCUUCACCCUCGGAGCAGGUCUCUGCAACGCAACAAUUGUUACCCAAGACGAUCUUGACCUCGAAAACUCGCGAGAAUCUGGCACUACAGUAUACGGCACCAAAGUGAAGAUUGGGAGGCAACCUGGGCAGCUGGAUAACUGAUGGCAAGAGGCU